CGGGGCUGUGGGCACCUCCGGCGGGCUGGCAGCGCGGCGGCAGGAGCGCGGCACGCCGGGGCACCGCACCGCCCGCAAUUGCGCCGCAGCCCGGGGCCACGGCUGCUCUUUAUGGCAUGUGGCUGGUAACUUUUCUCCUGCUGUACUCUUUGCGGAAAGCACAUGCUGAAGAUGUUGGAACCAGCCUCUACUUUGUGAACGACUCUAUCCAGCAGGUCACCUUCUCCAGCACAGUGGGGGUGGUGAUCCCCUGCCCGGCAGCAGGGUCACCCAGCGCCGUCCUUCGGUGGUACCUGGCCACGGGCGACGACAUCUACGAUGUGCCCCACAUCAGGCAUGUCCAUGCCAAUGGGACUUUGCAGCUCUACCCCUUCUCGCCAUCAGCCUUCAACAGCUUCAUCCACGACAACGACUACUUCUGCACUGCGGAGAACUCGGCUGGCAAGAUCAGGAGCCCCAACAUCCGUGUUAAAGCAGUGUUCAGGGAGCCGUACACCGUUCGGGUGGAGGACCAAAGGUCGAUGCGUGGAAACGUGGCUGUCUUCAAGUGCCUCAUCCCCUCUUCAGUGCAGGAAUACGUUAGUGUUGUCUCCUGGGAGAAGGACACCGUCUCCAUCAUCCCAGAAAAUAGGUUUUUUAUUACUUCUUACGGAGGUUUGUACAUAUCGGACGUGCAGAAGGAAGAUGCCUUGUCCACCUAUAGGUGUAUCACCAAGCACAAGUACAGCGGCGAGACGCGGCAGAGCAACGGCGCCAGGCUCUCCGUCUCAGACCCAGCAGAAUCCAUCCCCACGAUGCUAGACAGCUUCCAGUCCCGGGAGGUGAAGGCUGGCAGGCUGGUGGAGCUGCCUUGCAUCGCCUCGGGCUACCCCAACCCAGCCGUGCGGUGGAUCAAGGACGGGCGCCCGCUGCCUGCCGACGGGCGCUGGGCCAAGCGCAUCACAGGGCUGACCAUCAGCGACCUGCGGGUGGAGGACAGCGGCACCUACAUCUGCGAGGUGACCAACACCUUCGGCUCCGCAGAGGUCACAGGGACCCUCACCGUCAUAGACCCUCUGCGUGUGACCCUCACACCAAAGAAGCUCAAGACAGGCAUCGGCAGCACCGUCAUCCUCUCUUGUGCCCUCAGCGGCUCCCCCGAGUACGUCAUCCGCUGGUACCGCAACACGGAGCUGGUGGUGGUGGAUGACUACAUCUCCAUCCGGGGCAUCAGCAACGAGACCCUGCUCAUCACGGCCGCGCAGAAGAGCCACUCUGGGGCUUACCAAUGCUUCGCCACCCGCAAGUCCCAGACGGCGCAGGACUUCUCCAUCAUCACACUGGAGGAUGGGACCCCCCGCAUCGUCUCCUCCUUCAGCGAGAAGGUGGUCAACCCCGGGGAGCAGUUCUCCCUGAUGUGUGCCGCCAAGGGGGCCCCGCCGCCGACCGUCACCUGGGCACUGGACGACGAGCCCAUCCCGCGGGACAGCGGGCACCGCACCAACCAAUACACCAUGUCGGAUGGCACCACCGUCAGCCACAUGAACGUGACGAGCCCGCAGAUCAAGGACGGCGGCGUCUACCGGUGCACCGCGCGGAACUCGGUGGGCAGCGCCGAAUACCAAGCGCGAAUAAACGUAAGAGGUCCCCCCAGCAUCCGAGCCAUGAAGAACAUAACGGCGGUAGCGGGUAGGGACACUUUCAUCAACUGCAGGGUGAUUGGGUACCCCUAUUACUCCAUCAAGUGGUACAAGGACUCCCUGCUGCUGCCCGAUAACCACCGCCAAGUGGUCUUUGAGAACGGGACACUUAAGCUGAUGGACGUGCAGAAAGGCAUGGACGAAGGGGAGUAUCUGUGCAGCGUGCUGAUCCAGCCCCAGCUCUCCAUCAGCCAGAGCGUCCAUGUCACCGUCAAAGUCCCUCCACUGAUCCAGCCCUUCGAGUUCCCACCAGCCUCCAUCGGGCAGCUCCUCUACAUCCCCUGCGUGGUCUCCUCCGGGGACAUGCCCAUCCACAUCACCUGGAGGAAGGACGGGCACGUCAUCCUCUCUGGCUCUGGAGUCACCAUCGAGAGCAAGGAGUUCAUGAGCUCCCUGCAGAUCUCCAGUGUCUCCCUCAAGCACAAUGGCAACUACACCUGCAUCGCCAGCAACGCCGCCGCCACCGUCAGCCGCGAGCGGCAGCUCAUCGUGCGCGUGCCUCCUCGCUUUGUGGUGCAACCUAACAACCAAGAUGGCAUUUAUGGCAAAGCUGGGGUGCUGAACUGCUCCGUUGAUGGGUACCCCCCUCCAAAAGUCAUGUGGAAACAUGCAAAAGGAAGUGGCAACCCACAGCAGUACCACCCCAUACCACUCACGGGCCGCAUCCAGAUCCUGCCCAACAGCUCCCUGCUCAUCCGCCACGUGCUGGAGGAGGACAUUGGCUACUACCUCUGCCAGGCCAGCAACGGCGUGGGCACAGACAUCAGCAAGUCCAUGUUCCUCACCGUGAAGAUCCCGGCCAUGAUCACCUCCCACCCCAACACCACCAUCGCCAUCAAGGGGCAGACCAAGGAGCUGAACUGCACGGCGCGGGGCGAGCGGCCGAUCAUCAUCCGCUGGGAGAAGGGCGACACCGUCAUCGACCCCGACCGCAACAUGCGCUACGCCAUCGCCACCAAGGACAACGGCGACGAGGUCAUCUCCACCCUCAAGCUGAAACCAGCCGACCGCGGGGACUCCGUCUUCUUCUCCUGCCAUGCCAUCAACUCGUACGGGGAGGACCGAGGCUUGAUCCAGCUCACUGUCCAAGAGCCCCCGGACCCGCCGGAGCUGGAGAUCCGUGAGGUGAAAGCUCGGAGCAUGAACCUGCGCUGGACGCAGCGGUUCGAUGGCAACAGCAUCAUCACCGGCUUCGACAUCGAGUACAAGAACAAGUCGGACUCCUGGGAUUUCAAGCAGUCCACUCGCAACAUCUCCCCCACCAUCAACCAGGCCAACAUCGUGGACCUGCACCCAGCCUCCGUCUACAGCAUCCGCAUGUACUCCUUCAACAAGAUCGGCCGCAGCGAGCCCAGCAAGGAGCUCACCAUCAGCACGGAGGAAGCAGCUCCCGAUGGGCCCCCGAUGGAUGUCACCUUGCAGCCGAUGACAUCCCAGAGCAUCCAGGUCACCUGGAAGGCCCCCAAGAAGGAGCUGCAGAACGGAGUGAUCCGUGGGUACCAGAUCGGGUACCGGGAGAACAGCCCAGGCAGCAACGGGCAGUACAGCAUCGUGGAGAUGAAGGCCACGGGGGACAGCGAGCUCUACACUCUGGACAACCUGAAGAAGUUUGCCCAGUAUGGGGUGGUGGUGCAGGCCUUCAACCGUGCAGGCACGGGGCCAUCAUCCAGCGAGAUCAACGCCACCACGCUGGAGGAUGUUCCCAGCCAGCCCCCCGAGAACGUGAGGGCCAUCUCCAUCACGUCGGACGUGGCUGUCAUCUCCUGGUCGGAGCCUCCGCGCAGCACCCUCAACGGGGUGCUGAAGGGCUACAGGGUCAUCUUCUGGUCCCUCUACAUGGAUGGAGAGUGGGGCGAGAUGCAGAACAUCACCACCACGCGGGAGCGAGUGGAGCUGAGGGGCAUGGAGAAGUUCACCAACUACAGCGUGCAGGUGCUGGCAUACACCCAGGCUGGCGACGGCGUCCGCAGCAGCGUGCUCUACAUCCAGACCAAGGAGGACAUUCCAGGUCCCCCAGCUGGCAUCAAGGCUGUCCCAUCCUCUGCCAGCAGCGUGGUGGUGUCCUGGCUGCCUCCAGCCAAGCCCAACGGCAUCAUUCGGAAGUACACCAUCUUCUGCUCCAGCCCCGGCUCGGGGCAGCCGGCUCCCAGUGAGUACGAGACCAGCCCUGACCAGCUCUUCUACCGCAUUGCCCACCUGAACCGCGGGCAGCAGUACAUGCUCUGGGUGGCUGCCGUCACCUCCGCCGGCCGCGGCAACAUCAGUGAGAAAGUCACCAUCGAGCCUGCUGGGAAAGCCCCUGCCAAGAUCAUCUCCUUUGGCGGCACCGUCACCACGCCGUGGAUGAAGGACGUGAGGCUGCCAUGCAACUCGGUCGGGGAGCCAGUCCCUGCCAUCAAGUGGACCAAGGACAGCGAGGACUCUGCCAUCCCUGUGACAGUGGACGGCCAUCGGCUGAUCCAGGCCAACGGCACCCUGGUGCUGCGCUCCGUCAAAGCAGAGGACUCAGGCUACUACACCUGCACGGCCACCAACACCUGGGGCUUCGACACCAUCAUCAUCAACCUGCUGGUGCAAGUGCCCCCGGACCAGCCCCGCCUGACUGUCUCCAAGACCUCGGCGUCGUCCAUCACUCUGGCCUGGAUCCCUGGGGACAAUGGGGGCAGCUCCAUCCGAGGCUUCGUGCUGCAGUACUCAGUGGACAACAGCGAGGAGUGGAAAGAUGUCUUCAUCAGCUCCUCCGAGCGCUCCUUCAAGCUGGAGAGCCUCAAGUGUGGCACCUGGUACAAGGUGAAGCUGGCAGCCAAGAACAGCGUCGGGGCUGGCCGCAUCAGCGAAAUCAUCGAGGCCAAGACCCACGGCAGAGAGCCUUCCUUCAGCAAGGACCAGCAUCUCUUCACCCACAUCAACUCCACGCACGCCAGGCUCAACCUGCAGGGCUGGAGCAGUGGCGGCUGCCCCAUCACCGCCAUCGUCCUGGAGUACAGACCCAAGGGCAACUGGGGCUGGCAGAGCCUCCGCACCAACAGCUCCAGCGAGGUCUUCCUGACCGAGCUGCGCGAGGCCACCUGGUAUGAACUGCGCAUGAAGGCCUGCAACAGCGCCGGCUGCGGCAACGAGAGCGCCCAGUUUGCCACGCUGGACUACGAUGGCAGCACCAUCCCCCCCAUCAAGUCUGCCCAAGGGGAGGGCGACGACGUGAAGAAGCUCUUCACCAUCGCCUGCCCUAUCAUCCUGGCCACGCUGGGAGUGGCUCUGCUCUUCAUCAUCCGCAAGAAGAGGAAGGAGAAGAGGCUGAAGAGGCUCCGAGACGCCAAGAGCUUGGCUGAAAUGCUGAUCAGCAAGAAUAACCGCAGCUUCGACACGCCAGUGAAGGGGCCCCCGCAGGGCCCUCGCCUGCACAUCGACAUCCCGCGGGUGCAGCUGCUCAUCGAGGACAAGGAAGGCAUCAAGCAGCUGGGGGAUGACAAAGCCACCAUGCCCGUGACGGACACCGAGUUCAGCCAGGCCGUGAACCCCCAGAGCUUCUGCACGGGCGUCUCACUGCACCACCCUGCGCUGAUCCAGAACACAGGGCCCCUCAUCGACAUGUCCGACAUCCGCCCUGGCACCAACCCUGUGUCAAGGAAGAGUGUAAAGUCUGCCCACAGCACCCGCAACCGCUACUCCAGCCAGUGGACCCUCACCAAGUGCCAGGCGUCGACGCCAGCGCGGACCCUCACCUCUGACUGGAGGACAGUAGGCUCCCAGCAUGGCAUCACGGUCACUGAGAGCGACAGUUACAGUGCCAGCCUCUCGCAGGACACAGACAAGGGGCGGAACAGCAUGGUGUCCACCGAGAGCGCCUCCUCCACCUACGAGGAGCUGGCCCGCGCCUACGAGCACGCCAAGCUGGAGGAGCAGCUGCAGCACGCCAAGUUCGAGAUCACGGAGUGCUUCAUCUCCGACAGCUCCUCCGACCAGAUGACCACCGGCACCACGGACAACGCCGACAGCAUGACCUCCAUGAGCACCCCCUCGGAGCCGGGCAUCUGCCGCUUCACAGCCUCCCCGCCCAAGCCCCAGGACAGCGAGCGGGGCAAGAGCGUGGCCGUCCCCAUCCCGCACCGUGCCAGCAAGAGCGACUACUGCAACCUGCCGCUCUACGUCAAGUCGGAGGCCUUCUUCCGCAAGCCGGAUGCCCACGAGCCGUGCCCGGUGGUGCCGCCGCGGGAAGCCUCCAUCCGCAACCUCGCCCGGGCCUACCACGCGCAAGCCCGGCACAUGACACUGGAGCCUGGCACCGCCAAGCCCCUGGGCCUACCGCCCCCGGCCUCCGCCGCAACCACCUUACCUCAGAGGACUCUACCCAUACCCACCGCCGUACCCGGCCCCGCCACCGCCGCCGCUGCCGCCACCUCCGCCGCUCCCACCGCCACCGCCGCCCCGGUGCCCCCCGCUGCCGCCGCCACCGCUGCCGCCACCACCGAACCCACCGCCGCCGCCAGCAGCAGCGGUGCCAGCGCCGAGGCGCGGGUGCCCACGCACUCCAAAGUGGGGGGUUCCAGGGACUCGCUCCUAGAGAUGAGCACAUCAGGCGUGGGCAGGUCUCAGAAGCAAGGAGCCGGAGCCUACUCCAAGUCCUACACCUUGGUGUAGGGGCAGGGGUUGGGGUGGGGGAGGGAGCCUGAAGCAGGCUCAUUUCCUACCUCCCCUACCCCUACCCCAUCCCCACGCCCUCCCCACACCCCGACCUGCGCCGUUUCUAUUUAAUUAACAAACUUGUAGAUAAUGAACUCUUUUGUAUAAAUGAAGCUAUUUUCUUCUUCUCCAAACAAGAGAAAAACAACAAAAAAAAACAAACAAAAACAAAACAAAACAACAUAAAAAAGACAAAAAAAAGAAAAAAGAGGGGAAAAAAAAAAAAACCCAACCCAAAAACAAAGAAGCAAGCAGGGCACAAAAAGGAUUUGCUGUGACAGAUUUACAAAUAUAAUAUAUAUGUGACCAGAUCCUGAGAUAUUUCACAUCAUUUUGGAAGGGGCACAAAAGACUCAGCCACUUAGUGUUGGGGUUUGGUUAUUUUUGGGGGGGGGAGGGGCGGUUGGUUUGGUUUUGGUUUGACUUUGGUUUGGUUUUGGGUUUGAUUUUGGUUUGCUUUGGUCUUGGGUUUGAUUUGGUUUUGGUUUUUGUUUGGUUUCGGGUUGGUUCUGAGUUUGGUUUUGGGUUGGUUUUGGAUUUGAUUUUGGUUUGGGGUUCAUUUUGGGUUGAUUUUGGUUUGGUUUUGGGGUUGGUUUUGGGUUUGAUUUUGGUUUGGUUUUGUGUUGGUUUUGGGUUUGAUUUUGGUUUGGUCUUGGGUUUGAUUUUUGUUUGGUUUUGGGUUUGAUUUUGGUUUGGUUUUGGAUUGUUUUGAGUUUGAUUUUGGUUUGGUCUUGGGUUUGAUUUUGGUUUGAUUUUGGUUUGGGUUUGGUUUUGAGUUUGAUUUUGGGUUUGAUUUUGGUUUGGUCUUGGGUUUGAUUUUGGUUUGGUUUGGGGUUGGUUUUGAGUUUGAUUUUGAGUUUGAUUUUGGUUUGGUUUUGGGUUUGAUUUUGGUUUGGUCUUGGGUUUGAUUUUUGUUUGGUUUUGGGGUUGGUUUUGGUUUGGUUUUAGGUUUGGUUUUGGGUUUGGUUUGGUUUUGAGUUUGAUUUUGGUUUGGGUUUGAUUUUGGUUUGGUCUUGGGUUUGAUUUUGAGUUUGACUUUGGUUUGGUUUUGGGUUUGAUUUUGGGUUGGUUUUGGUUUGAUUUUAGUUCGGUUUUGGGCUGAUUUUAGUUUGGUUUUGGGCUGAUUUUGAUUUUGGUUUGGUUUUAGUUUGGUUUUGGGUUUGAUUUUGGUUUGGGUUCGGUUUGAUUUUAGUUUGGUUUUGGGUUGAUUUUGGUUGGGUUUGAUUUUGGUUUGCUUUUUGUUUGAUUUUGGGUUGGUUUGGGUUUUUUUUUUUCCCCUCCAUUUUUUUUGGGUUGGUUUCAUUUUCAUUUUUGGGGGUUGCUUUUGUUGGCUUUGGGUUUUACUUCCCCACUCCCACUCCACCUCCUUGAUCUCGAUGGUUUGACCACCCCCACCCCUCUCCCCCCCCACCUCCCUGAUCUCGUUGGUGGUUUGGCAAAGGAGCGUCUCGAGGACCCUUGCAUGCUGUUUGACUGUUCUGAUGCCAACAGGAGUUGCUUCCAUUUGCAAAAUGCUUUCAUGUGUUCAGAUCUUUUUCUAUGGAUAAAAAAAAAAACCCAAACAACAACAACAAAAAAAACCCAACAAAGCAACCCCAGAGCUGUGUGCAAUAAAGGUUAUGUUUGUA